UGCCAGAACUUGCGACUAUCCACUUCAGCGACUUGAAGCACCAUACCAGCCAAACCACCCAUUUGCAAGGUCUUCUUCCCAGAAAUCACCAAAAGAAAGAAAAAGAAAAAAAAAUGUCGCGUCAUCACCCCGAUCUCGUCAUGUGCCGCAAGCAGGCCGGUAUCGCCAUCGGCCGCCUCUGCGAUAAGUGCGACGGCAAGUGCCCCGUCUGCGACUCCUACGUGCGCCCGACGACCCUCGUUCGCAUCUGCGACGAGUGCUCCUUCGGCAACUACCAGAACAAGUGCGUCGUCUGCGGCGGUGAGGGCAUCUCGGACGCCUUCUACUGCUUCGAGUGCACGCGCCUCGAGAAGGACCGCGAUGGCUGCCCCAAGAUCAUAAACCUCGGCAGUUCCAGGACCGACCUGUUUUACCAGAAAAAGACCAAUCGGACGGCGACGUACUAGUCCCUGCGUCGCCCGGGUAUGGGCACCGGUGUGGUUCGACGAAAAGGAUACAGACGGCUACGAGCUUUACGGGAAUGGGCUUUUGCAUUGUCUGGCGUUCGGGCGUAUAGUGUCUGUCGCACACAGUUUGUGGAGGAAAGACUGGGGCUUCGUUUGGCAGUAGCCAGAAAUGAUGUUCUCUCUUCAUGUUGCGACAAAGCUUCAUUUUUUGCGUUAGUAUAAAAGAGGCCACGGACAAUUACGGCCAUUGUUCACCC